AUGUCUUUGACGGCAUCCGCGGCCGCAACGGUGUGGACCGCACUAGCCGAUGACCCGGAUAAUGGAGGCGAACCCCGAUGGGAAGAUCAGACCAAACACCAUCGGGAUUUGUACACGCAACUUGUGAUCAGUUUUGCCUUUGGACUGGGGGCUUUCAUGUCAUUCUGUGUUUUACGACCCAAAUGGACGGAACUUUAUGCUGCGCGAAGAAAACAGCGAUCUUCCGCUUCACGAUUGCCGGAACUGCCGGAUAGCCUGUUUGGAUGGAUUCCUGUGUUACAUCGCAUUACCGAUGAGGAGGUGUUGCAGUCGGCUGGUUUAGAUGCAUAUGUGUUGCUAUGCUUUUUCAAGUAUGCGACUCGACUCUUACUUUACGUGUUCAUCUUUGCCCUGGGUAUCAUCCUACCGGUCCAUUACAGCUAUACUGGCAAUUCUGGAAUUCCUGGCGGGUUGCCCGGCUGGGAUAACCAUAAUAACUCGACUGGUAACGAUUCCAUGAGCGCAAUUGGAGCACUCGGGAAGGGUGAUAAAGAUGCAAUUAUAGAUUCUAACUACUUGUGGAUUUAUGUCGUAUUUCCAUACGUGUUUAGCGGCUUGGCUAUCUACCUGCUCCUCCAGGAAACAAACAAGAUCAUCCAUACCCGGCAAACUUAUCUUGGAAACCAAACAAGUACAACGGAUCGUACGGUUCGCCUUUCAGGAAUUCCUCCGGAGUUGAAAACAGAAGAAGAUAUCAAAUCUUUCGUGGAGACGAUACAUAUCGGCAAGGUCGAGAGUGUCACUCUGUGUCGCAAAUGGAAGGAACUAGAUUUGUUGAUUGAUGAGCGAAAGCGUAUCAUCUGGGAAUUAGAACGCGCAUGGACCAAGCAUAUCGGAUACAAGCGUCCACGGAGCGAUGGGAACACCCUGCCACUGACCCGCCAACCGCCUGUUAUCUCAAAUAGGCCUUUAGAUGAUGAAGACGAGCGAGCCCAACUGCUGUCGGGGGGCGAACGUACUCAUGUAUCCGGAUACGCCAACGAAAGGCCUCGAGUCCGCGUUUGGUACGGCCCGUUCAAGAUGCGGUUUCGAUCGAUUGAUGCGAUUGACUACUAUGAAGAAAAGUUGCGCAAGAUUGAUGAACAGAUUCAAUGUACUCGAGAGAAGGACUUUCCUCCUACCGAGAUCGCCUUCGUGACCAUGCAAUCUAUUGCAGCCUCUCAAAUGCUCGUUCAGGCCAUUCUCGAUCCGCAUCCCAUGCAAAUGUUCGCUCGACUUGCCCCAGCCCCGGCAGAUGUUAUUUGGAAGAAUACCUAUGUCUCGCGUACCCGACGCAUGACACAGUCGUGGUUGAUCACACUUGUCAUUGGUUUCCUCACUGUAUUCUGGUCGGUUCUUCUACUGCCAGUCGCGACUUUGCUGGACCUGCAGACAUUACACAAGAUUGUGCCCUCACUCGCAGAACUUCUCUCCGAACACCCUAUUGUCAAGUCUUUGGUGCAGACAGGUCUGCCUACUUUGGCAUUCUCCCUUUUGACCGUGGCAGUCCCGUACCUCUACGAAUGGCUCUCCAACAAACAAGGAAUGAUGUCCCGUGGAGAUGUCGAAUUGUCUAUCAUCUCGAAGAACUUCUUCUUCUCUUUCUUCAACCUGUUCCUCCUUUUCACCGUUUUUGGAACGGCCAGUGGUUUCUAUGGUCUCUGGGAACACCUCCGUGAUGCGUUCAAGGACACCCAAACUGUUGCCUUGGCAUUGGCUAGUUCGUUGGAAAAUCUUUCCCCAUUCUACAUCAACCUUUUGGUCCUUCAAAGCCUGGGUCUUUUUCCCUUCCGACUUCUCGAGUUUGGCAGCGUCGCGCUGUACCCCUUGCGUUUUCUUUGGGCACGGACACCCCGGGAAUAUGCGGAAUUGUCAACGCCUCCAGAAUUCAGCUACGGCCUCACCAUCCCGCAGACUAUCCUCAUUCUGAUCAUCUGUAUUGUGUACAGUGUGUUCCCCAGUUCCUGGCUCAUUUGCUUUUUUGGGCUAGUGUACUUCACCAUCGGCAAAUUCAUCUACAAGUACCAGCUGCUUUACGCGAUGGAUCACCAGCAGCACUCCACUGGCCGGGCUUGGCCUAUGAUCUGUAACCGAGUAUAUGUCGGCUUGAUUGUAUUCCAGCUGGCUAUGAUCGGUGUGUUGGCCCUGCGCCAAAGUAUCGCUCGUCCACUGCUUCUGGUCCCUCUUUUAGGCUUCACCAUGUGGUUCAGCUACUGGUUUUCAAAAACGUAUGAACCACUAAUGAAGUUUAUCGCUCUUAAAAGCAUUAACCGGGAUCAACCCGGUGGCGGGGAAGUUUCUCCUUCGCCUUCGUCCUCACCAUUUUCGCCACCCUCUGGUUUGGACCGCGAUGCGCUGCCUAUUCAGAUGGGCGGACGAGAACUGGAACUUCGAUUGAAGAAGUAUGUUCACCCAAACUUGAUCAUACCGCUGCAUGACGCAUGGAUCCCGGGCCGCAGCCCCCAAGGCAACGGUGCAUCUUUGCAUGAGUCCCAAGACUCGUUGAACCAUCUUUCCGUCUAG